CCCGUAUGCGAGCUGUGGGCUGGGCGCACCCAGUCCACAUGAACCGGACCUGCCGACGAAGAGCAAAGCAGAACUCCCCUCUCUCUCGGCGUCCAGGUCCAGUAGUCCACCACCACUGCUUCGUCUCCGGCGCGCUGCAAUGCCGCUGCUGCGCCUCCUCGGCUUCUCCGCCCGGGGCCUCCGCCGCUUGCACUCCACGGCCGCGGCGGCCAUGGAUUCGGAUUCGAGCUGGUCGUGGUACAUGCUGGAGAAGAUGACGAUGGCCGUCAGGUCGGCGGCGCCGGGCCCGUCCGUGGCCUUCGCCAACCCUCCGGGCGUCUCCAGGCUUCGGGUGCCCGCGCACUUCCUCGCCAAAGCCAGCCGACGCAGCCGUAGCCUCCCCUGCCCUGAACCUGAAGGCGACGUCGUCCUGCGACUCCACACCGCCCAGGCCAGCUGCUCCAGCCAGGACGGCCUCCUCCUCCUCAGCUGCGAGGACGUACGCCUCGGGGCUCCCGCCUUCGGCAAGCCGGGACCAGGCAACCGGGAGCGGCGGCUGGCCGGCAUCACCAACCCCGACGGCUUCAUCCCCGACAUGACGCACUUCGUCCUCAACCCUCUCACCCGCGAGUUAUCACCCAGUCUCCCGGACAUCCAAGGCCCCAGGAACAGCUUCCAACUGGGCCUCCUUACCGAAGCCGAUGGCGGGUGCGGGCCGCCGGACAGGUUCGCCGUGGCCAAGCUGGAGGACCGCUCGAUUCUCCGAUUUCUCUCGGAAACAGGGAAAUGGGAGGAUGCGCGGUGCUCCCCGUGCCAACUCCCGUCUGCGCGGCGGAUUGUGCCGAACCAGGAGACGUUGGCCUGGAACGGCAUGCUAUGGUGGGUGGACGUGACCUGGGGCGCCGUCUUUGCUGACCCGUUCAUCGACCGGCUGGAGCCCCGUUUCGUCGAGCUGCCCAGCGGCAGCGUACUGCCUGCGGACGCAUUCGAUGAAGUGUUCCGCCAAUGGAGCCAGCUGCCUGACGCUGAAGAAGACAUUUGGUGGAUGCCGUUGCCGGUCAUGUUCCGGCAUGUGGGGGUCAGCGGGGGAUGGCUGCGGUACGUCGAGGUGUCUCAGGAGGAGCCAUUCGUGCUCAGCUCCUUCGCCAUCGAUGAAGAUGGCAGCGGCUGGACGCUGGAGAACCGAGUGGUGCUCUGCCGGAUAUGGGCGGCCGCGGAUGGAGCCCACCCAUGGCUACCCUUGCGGGGGAAGAUGACGCCACAGAUUAGCGUUCUUCACCCGUUUGAUUCCAAUGUAGUCCACCUCAUUGUCGGCGAGCACAUCGUCGUCGUGGACAUGGAGAAGCGUGAGGUUAUUGGGCAUUGUCCAUGUCAAAGCAGUGACAUCUACUUUGUACCAUGCGUGCUUUCUCCUUGGCUUCCAACAACCCGGAUCCCUUCGGCAGGCAAGAAGGACGCCACAAAAAAGAAAACAUUGGCAGAUGUUCUGGUUCGCUCAGACAGACGCUAGAAGAAAUGAUGGUUUCUCAAGACUUAACAGAGAUGCAGGUGAUCUGAAGAUUGAGAAUGCUGAUGAUGCUAAUCUGAUGAACUCUCAUUUUGCUGGAGAUCUGGAAAAGCUUAGGUGUUUAAAGAGUUUAGUGACUAAAUUUUAGGGGUAAACUUGAGAAGUUUGGCGUCGUUGUAGUUUGCUAAUUAACUAUCUACCUCAUUUUGGUGUAAAAUAUGGGAGUUGUUUCGAGCUUCCAGUUCAAGCUGCCGAACUGGAACAUCCCUCUGGCUUAGAUUUACUUAAGCGUAUCAGCAUUUGCAAACAGAGAUCUUUGCCUACUGUACCUGUCCCCAAAACAGUCUGAGAUUGACAUUUUUGAUGAAUUGAUGACUUUCAGUUCACCA